CCUGUGGCGGACUUCAGGGCCAGCUUUGAAGAGGAUCUGGCUACAGCGGUUUUGUGCGCUGUGCUUCAGGGAACUGAGCCGAGAGCUUGGGCAACCUGGGAAACCACGAUUUGGUGAACAGGGAGCUGAUGUCCCCAGGUGGGAAGGAGCAGAUGGAUGCAGUCACCUAUCAUGAUUUGCAUGUCAACUUCACUCAGGAAGAGUGGGCUUUGCUGGAUACUUCACAGAAGAAUCUCUACAAAGAUGUGAUGCUGGAGACCUAUAUGAACCUCAAUGUAAUAGGCUACAAAUGGGAAGAUAAUAAUAUUGAAGAACUUUGUCAAAGUUUUCAAAGGCAUGGAAGGCAUGAAAGAAUUCCAACCAGAGAGAAAUCUUCUAUACAUAUUCAAUGUCAUAAGUGCUCUGUAUAUGACAAUCAGCUUCCAAGUCAUGAAAGAACACAGACUGGAGAGAAACACCAUGAAUGUAAUCAAUGUGGUAAAGCCUACCUAUGGAACAGCCAUCUUCAAAUGCAUAAAAACAAACACACUAGAGAGAAUCCCUGUGAAUGCCAUCAGUGUGGUAAAGCCCUUGCUCAGCUCAGUGCUCUUCGAGUACAUAGAAGAACACAUACUGGAGAGAAACCCUAUGAGUGUCAUCAGUGUGGUAAAGCCUUUGCUCACCUUAGUGCUCUUCAAGUACAUAGAAGAACACAUACUGGAGAGAAACCCUAUGAGUGUCAUCAGUGUGGUAAGGCCUUUGCUUCACACAGUUACCUUCAAGUGCAUAAAAGAAUACAUACUGGAGAGAAACCCUAUGAAUGUCAUCAGUGUGGUAAAGCCUUUGCUUAUCGCAGUUACCUUCAAGUGCAUAAAAGAACACAUACUGGAGAAAAACCCUAUGAAUGUCAUCAGUGUGGCAAAGCCUUUGCUUGGCACAAGGACCUUCAAGUGCAUAAAAGAACACAUACUGGAGUAAAACCCUAUGAAUGUCAUCAGUGUGGCAAAGCCUUUGCUUGGCACAAGGACCUUCAAGUGCAUAAAAGAACUCAUACUGGAGAGAAACCAUAUGAAUGCCAUCAGUGUGGUAAAGCCUUUGCUCAGCUCAGUUCUCUUCGAGUACAUAGAAAAACACAUACUGGAGAGAAACCCUAUGAAUGUAAUCAAUGUGGUAAAGCCUUUGCUUAUCACAGUUAUCUUCAAGCGCAUGAAAGAACACAUGCUGGAAAGAAGCCCUAUAAAUGUCAUCAGUGUGGUAAAGCCUUCACUCGGCACUGGUAUCUUCAGCAGCAUAAUAGAACACAUACUGGAGUGAAACCCUAUGAGUGUCAUCAGUGUGGUAAGGCUUUUAUUUCACACAGUCAUCUUCAAACACAUAAAAGAACACAUACUGGAGAGAAACCAUAUGAGUGUCAUCAGUGUGGUAAGGCCUUUGCUUCGCACAGUCAUCUUCAAACACAUAAAAGAACACAUACUGGAGAGAAACCAUAUGGAUGCCAUCAGUGUGGUAAGGCCUUUGCUCAGCUUAGUGCUCUUCAAGUACAUAGAAGAACACAUACUGGAGAGAAACCCUAUGAAUGUAAUCAAUGUGGUAAAGCCUUUGCUUAUCGCAGUUACCUUCAAGUGCAUAGAAGAACACAUACUGGAGAGAAACCCUAUGAAUGUCAUCAGUGUGGUAAAGCCUUUGCUUAUCGCAGUUACCUCCAAGUGCAUAAAAGAACACAUACUGGAGAGAAGCCCUAUAAAUGUCAUCAGUGUGGUAAAGCCUUUGCUUGGCACAAGGACCUACAAGUGCAUAAAAAAACACAUACUGGAGGGAAACCCUAUGAAUGUCAUUAGUGUGAUAAAGCCUUUGCUUAUCGCAAUUACCUUCAAGUACAUAAAAGAACACAUACUGGAGAGAAACCCUAUGAAUGUAAUCAGUGUGGUAAAGCCUUUGCUCAGCAUGGUCAUCUUCAAAGACAUAAAAGUACACACACUGAAGGGAAAACAUAUGAAUGUAACUAAUGAGGUAAAGCAUUUGCAUAUCACAGUUUUCCUUUUAGGCAUAAAAGAACACAUACUGGAGGGAAACCCUAUGAAUGUACCCAGUGUUUUAAAUCCUUUGCUCAGCGGAGUAAUCUUCAAAGGCAUAAAAAACCACAUACUGGAGGGAAACCCUAUGAAUGUAAUCAGGGUGGUAAAGUCUUUGCACCGCCCAGUGAUCUUCAAGUGCAUAAAAGAGGUUAUACUGGAGAAAACCAUAUGAAAGCCAUCAAUGUUGUAAAGCCUUCACCUGUGACAGUAAUUUUAAAAUACAUAAAGGCACACAUACUGGAGUAAAGCCCUGUUAGUGUAAGAAUUCUGAUUUUUCAUAAUAAUAAAACCCCCAAGUCAGGUAUGAGACUGAAUUCUGAAAGAUCAGAGAAGCAGUGCAACCAAUCACUAGUUCUUACCUCUACAAAAUCCUCAGAACAAAUGUGACAUUUUGUCUCCUAGAAUCCUCACACUGAAUGCUUUCUUUAUGAAACCUCAGACUGAUCCCUGAAUUUCUGUCUCUUCCUUCCAUACAUUCCUCUCUUCACUCAGCCACAUUCCUCCCUGUCUCCACUUCCCUAUUCCUCCGAUUAAGUUGGAGCUACCACCACUUGGCUCUAUUUCUCUUUUAGGUUGAUCCAUUGUCAUGUACUACAGGGUGGUCUCAAACUCACAGACCCCAUCUGCCUCUGUUUCCCAAGUGUUGGAUUUAAAGUGCCACCAGUGCCUGGCUUGUAUGUGUAACAAGCAUGACUAUCUCUCAUCUUCUGAGAAACAUUUGUUAAAGCUAAAAAAUAUCACCAAACACUAUGAAUGUAUUGAGAGUAAUAAAGCUUUUGUAAGUCACAGUCAUCUCCAAACACAUAAAUGAACACAUACUGGAUAGAUACCCUAUGAAUAUAGUCAAUGUGUAAAGCUUGUUGUAUGUAUCAAAAUAAUGAGAAAAAAUGAUACUGCAGUGAAACCCCAUAAAUAAUGGUCAUGUGCUCAAGUUUUGUACUUCCUAGAUGCAAAACUUUGUGUGCGUUCUAUCUGUUGAAACCUUUGUAAACUAAAAUAGUCUUGAAUAUGAAAAAAGACAAUAAGUCUACUUAGUAUAAAAGAUUUGGUAUAAUCUUUAGCCAACACACAACUGUUUAUUCUGUAGAGAAAAAUGAGAGUGAUAACAGUCUGUACAAGCAAUAUGAUGACUGUUUGUAUGUUGGUUGCACCAGUAAAGUCAUGGGAAAAAACAAAUUUAUGAAGCCCUGAGUUUAGGGUAAAUAGAGUAGGCAAGAAACACACUCUGACCAUGAAAUCAGAGGCACUGAAAUAGAAACACUAUGGCCCUUAAGCAAGAGCCAUUAAAAACUCACCCUGACCUUGAAUCCCUAGCCAAAGAAACACACUGAAACCAGAGCCAGUGAAAGAAACACCUCCUGUGAAACAAGAGGCAAUGUUUAAAAAGUGACAGCAAGAGAAAGAGACUCUGUCCCUUAAACCAGAGCCAAAUAAAGUCACUCUAUCUUUGACCAACUGAGCAUUAAACCAACAAAUCCCCGAACUCAAAACCAUUCAGUCCUGAGCACAAAAUCCAGGUAUUGUCUGAUCAUGUUCAAGCUCAGGGAUUGAAAUACUACCAAUCCCAAGUGGAAAUCUUCUCCCUGGAAAGAAGCCCUAUAUAAGCUCCAUGGCUUUUCAGUUGACUGAUGCUGUCACAUCAAAUGCAGUAGACUCUGUGUUACAAGUUCCACAGACUGAGGUGAUAACUUCAAAAGAAGGGUGUCUCCUGGAACUGGUUGUGAAACUCUUGGCUGGAGAGAAAUAUUGUGCCAUGGUUCAUGUGGCAUUUUUUCUUCUAUUACUUUUUCAUAUCAAAUGUUCCUAAAAGCCUGUGCUGACAUUUUAAAGAAAAGAAAUAGAUGAGAAACCAUACCCUGAGAUGGGGUCAAAAGCCGUGGCACCAUCUCCAUAAAAACCAAUGCUUUCCAAAUCAUUCACAUCAUUCACAUGAGUAAAAAUAGUAAAAUUUUCUCAUCAAUAAAAUUUCAUAUGGCUGCACAGUUGUAAUCAUGAGUGGGUUUAUAUAUGUGGUAAAUAAAACUUAUUUUUAAAUUAGUAAUAUGUUUGCUUCACAUGGUAAAGAAAGUUUUUAAUAAGAAAGUUAAAAUAGUUAAAAUAGCUCAACAUUUUAAAUAAACUCACAAGAACUAGGUAAUAGAUGUUAAACAGUAACAUUUGUUAACUUGAUUUAAGAAAUAUGUGGUUAUCCUUAACCAUGGAUGAUUUUGUGUUUUGAUUAACCAUGGAUGAUCUUAUGUUUUGGAUUUCUUUGUUACUGUGCCAAGUAGCAAUAAUGGUAUCUGUUUGGGUUUGCUUUAAAAUAUCAACCCCUGAUACUGAAUCUGUAUAAAAAAUCUUGCUUAAUAACUGGAAAAUAAACUCAGAUUCUAACUGC